AUGGAGCUUUCAAUCCCAAUCUUGCCCAUUCUAAGGAUUGUUGCAAAGCUGAACACAUGUUACAGCGAGCUCGAUGAUGUGAGCGAGAAGAUCUCUGAAGCGAACUCUGCAGGAAUUGCCCCUGCUUGCCGACUGGGGUCCGUGGCCCGAGCAGCAGUGGCCGAUGGUGCGUACGUUCAAAGCCUGCAGGAUGCUAGCAAAGUCCAUCCAGCUCACGGUGAAAGGGAUGCCCACAGAAUUUUUCAGAAGUAUUGGCUAUCCUUGAGGGUUCAAGACAUGGUCAAGUACUUGCUGCAGAAGCACCCAGAGAAUUUGCUGGGUGGAGAAUGUCUUGUGGAAGGCAAAUCGGCCAGACUCUACCGCAUCCAUCCCGCGAUGAGUGAGUCCCUGUGGCCAUUCGUGAGUCCCAGCGUCGCCCUGGCCGCGCACUGGUCGUUGGCGCUAGGGCCCUGGGCGACACUGAAGUCGUUGGGGGGGCCCUUCGCUCCAUCUCCCCAGACGAAACAGGUGCCGUUGGAUUUCGGCAUCGAGGUGAAGUACGAUGACCUGAUGCAGGAUUUCAUGGAUCGUUUCCAAGAGAAGCGCACAAAUUAUGACAUUUGGGGCACCUGGAUCCUGCUGAGUGCCCUGUAUGCCCUGCCGCUGAUCUUGUUGAGUUUCUGUUUGCCACGCUUGAGAAAAGACCUGCUGAAGCUCAAAGCCUGGGUUCUUCGCCACGUCAGAGCUUUGGAAGUGUUCUUCUAUCUCCUCUCGAUCGCCUCCAACGCCUUGAGCCUGGCGCCGCUCGCGGGGCGUCCCUUGGGCCGCCUCGCCGGUGUCCUCUUCGGCGUCGGCGGCGCGCUGGGCGAGUUCGGCGACGAGACCACGUGGCAGACGAGGGCUGGACGCCUCGCUUUGAGCGCUUCAUUUCAGGGUUUGCUGUGGGCCUCUGUGGCCCUCAGCCACGAGGACCCCAUGGCCGGGCUUUGUGCCAUGCUUGGGCUCCUGGCCGUCCUCUCCUCCCUCCUCGCGCAUGUGACGGACGACGAGAGCGAGGGAGACGAGCUUCGGCGUUGGGUGACGUGUCUCGCCGUGGCCUCGAUCCUGGUGCUGGUGAUCUCUCAGGCGACGUUGAGAAGCGUUUGGUAUAUGGCGCUCGGUGGGAUCUGUUGUGGACAUCUCACCACACUGAGCGCCUUCUUCCUGCUGUCGCUGGGGCCCUCUGACAUGCUUCGGCAAAUGAUGAUUGUGGGCACCAUCAUUGCCUGCAUCUUGGUGGGUUUGAUCUUCGGGGUGCCGAGCCUCACUAACUCAGCCACUUGCUCUCUUCUUCUCUGGUUUUGGGCCAAGUGCUUGGAAGCUCCCUGGGGCAAUUGGCUUUUCAAGGUCUUCAUCAGUGUAGCCCUCCUUCAAAUCAUCCGCCAGCAUCCCAACUUGCUGCUUGAGAUCCUCAAUCCGACGAACCUCUAUGCCGUGCUGGAGUGA